AUGGAUCAAGGAAUUGCACGGAAAGUCCAUGUAUCACAUAUUGGUGAAAAGUAUUGCGUGUUAGGGGUUGGUACAAAUGAAAAACGAAACAAGCUUCUGAUUUCCAUACUCAAUGAAGAUCUUGGUUUGGGGAGUGAAGAAGUGUUUGUCAGCCUCAAGUGCGCAAACUUGAGUGAUGUUAGAGGACGAAGGUUAGAAUCAAGGAAGUCAUCUCGCGACAGGUUCGGUCGAAGCCAGUUGUUGCAAGAGACCAAAACAGGAAAUAAUGUAAGAUUUAGUGCUUGGCCGGGCGUUGUUAACGUGUAG